AUGGUAAACGUCAUUAUUUCGGCGAUUCUUAUCCUUAUCAUAAUCUCCGGCAACAUCCUGACCAUCGUCGCAGUUGCGAGGACUCAUUCGUUGAGGACGAUUCCAAACAUGUAUGUCGUGUCUCUAGCAGUGGCCGAUUGCAUGACGGGCUUUGGACUGGCGGACAACAUCAUUUUCUUCGUAAUAGACACACCGAAAUCCAAGAUCCACUUCCUCCUGUGCAUCUGGCUGUCCUUCGUAACCCUUGUUCCCAUGGGCGUUUCCGUCACAACCAUGGCUCUGAUUGCCUUCGAUCGAUACCUGUACAUCGUCUACCCUCUUCGGUACUUUCAGAUGAUGACAGGAUUCAGAGCUAGAAUCAUCAUCACGCUGUCCUGGGUGUUGAUGUUCGUCAUCAACAUCGCUCCUCUCGUCCAGAACAGCUACGAGACGCUCUACGGCUGCGUCUUCAGCAACGCCUUCCCCAUCUCCGUGACCGCUCACUACGGCGUGGCCUACUUCAUCGUCACCAGCGUCAUCACCGUCAUUCUCUCCAGCCUCAUCAUCAGGGUGGCGUGGCGCCAGAACAGAGCUGUGCGUGGUCUCCCUGGAGGAGCUGAUCUGCCCAAUGGCGGCGGCAUUAUCGGAGCGAAUUGGAAGUUCGUCAAACUCUUAAUGAUGGUCUUCGGGAUAUAUUUUUGCUGCUGGAUGCCUUCGAUUGUGUCCGCCAUGUUGGACGUGUCGUUCCAGCGGGGAUUUGCGAUCUCCAUGGCGGUGUCACCGCUCAUAUUUGUUAACGCUGGAUCGAACUGUUUUGUUUAUGCGUGGAUGAACAGAGAAUUCAGGGAGGCGUUUAAAGGGAUUUUUAAACAUUUCUGUCUUUGUCAAAGAAAAUGCACGACACAAGACAAUAGUAAUGCAUAAAUAAAUAAGCUUAGAGAAAUUAUUAUUAAGAGUGAACACCUGAGGGUUUUUGUUUUUGUGUUUUGUAAUUAUUUUCAUUUGAAAACCGCUAUUAA